CCUUUCCCUCCUUUCUGUGUGUUCCACUCCACUCUUCCUUUGUCUCCUUCUACUUCCGUUCUCCACUGUCACAUUGGUUCUUCACUCCCCACGCCAUGAAAAUCACGCUCAAACUAUAAUCCUUAGCUAUUCUCUCUCUACAAACUUCCAUUCAUGGCUAUGUCUUCUCCUCUCCAUUUACCCGAACUCCAUUUUCUCUCUCCUCAAAUCACCCACAAACGCCGUAUUUCUCUCUCCAAACUCCCCUCCUCAGCUUAUUCCUUUUCCCGCCACGCCGCCUCCAACGUCACUCUCCGCGCCGCGCGAAUCCGCGCCUCCAGAGAUGAUUCAGCGUUGGCUGAGCGAGUGGAUGAUGUCAAAUGGAGCGGAAACGGCGUUCCUGCCGCUAAUGGAAGGGAUCGAGAUGUUGCCGGCGGCAAUGGCACCGUCGAGGGAUUCGCUAACGGCGCCAGUAAUGGGAGCUUGGUGACGUACGGUUACGAAAAUCAAAACGGAGUUGCUACGGAGGUGGUGGUGGAGAAUGAAGCGUCGAAGCUGAACGAGGAUGGGAGGAAGAAAAGAUUGGAGGAGAUUGGGAAAGAAGACGCGUGGUUUAAACAGACCGGGAGCGAACAAGUCGAGGUUGCAGUUGCGCCUGGGGGUCGUUGGAGCAGGUUCAAGACUUACUCUACAAUACAAAGAACUUUGGAAAUUUGGGGAUUUGUUGCCACGUUCGUUUUUAAGGCUUGGCUGGACAGCCAGAAGUUCUCUUACAAAGGAGGAAUGACUGAGGAAAAACAAACCUUAAGGCGGAAGGCCCUUGCCAAAUGGCUGAAGGAAAGCAUCCUGAGAUUAGGUCCUACAUUCAUCAAAAUUGGCCAGCAGUUCUCUACGAGAGUGGACAUUCUUCCUCAAGAAUAUGUUGACCAGUUGUCCGAACUUCAGGAUCAAGUUCCUCCAUUCCCUUCAGAGACCUCUGUAGCUAUUGUUGAAGACGAGCUUGGAUCUCCUAUAGGUGAUAUAUUUGAUCAGUUUGACUAUGAACCAAUAGCUGCUGCAAGUCUUGGUCAGGUUCAUCGUGCAAGAUUAAAGGGACAGGAGGUUGUUAUUAAAGUGCAAAGGCCUGGUCUGAAGGAUCUUUUUGAUAUUGAUCUUAAAAACUUGAGGGUUAUUGCUGAAUAUCUUCAAAAGCUUGAUCCAAAAUCAGAUGGUGCAAAGAGGGAUUGGGUUGCUAUUUAUGAUGAGUGUGCCUCUGUCUUAUAUGAGGAGAUUGAUUACACAAAGGAGGCUGCUAAUGCAGAAUUGUUUGCUAGUAACUUUAAGAACAUGGAUUAUGUGAAAGUUCCUACAAUAUACUGGGAUUAUACAACACCACAGAUUCUGACAAUGGAAUAUGUUCCAGGAAUUAAAAUAAACAAAAUACAAGCUUUAGAUCAAUUGGGUGUUGACCGCAAAAGGAUAGGAAGAUAUGCCGUUGAGUCAUACUUGGAACAAAUUUUAUCACAUGGUUUCUUCCAUGCCGACCCCCAUCCUGGAAAUAUUGCAGUUGAUGAUGUCAAUGGUGGAAGAUUGAUCUUCUAUGAUUUUGGAAUGAUGGGGAGUAUCAGUCCAAAUAUUCGAGAAGGUUUGCUUGAAACAUUUUAUGGGGUUUAUGAGAAAGAUCCAGACAAGGUUCUACAAGCAAUGAUUCAAAUGGGAGUUCUUGUCCCUACCGGAGAUAUGACUGCUGUUAGAAGAACAGCACAAUUUUUCCUUAACAGUUUUGAAGAGCGCCUGGCUGCACAAAGGCGUGAGAGAGAAGAAGCAACAACUGAACUUGGAUUCAAAAAACCAUUAAGCAAGGAGGAAAAAAUUAAGAAGAAGAAACAACGUCUGGCUGCUAUUGGUGAAGAUUUAUUAUCUAUUGCAGCAGACCAGCCAUUCCGAUUUCCUGCUACAUUUACAUUUGUUGUUAGAGCCUUCUCAGUGUUGGAUGGCAUUGGAAAGGGGCUUGACCCACGCUUUGACAUUACUGAGAUUGCCAAACCUUACGCCCUUGAGUUGCUGAGGUUUCGUGAAGCUGGGGUUGAGGUUGUCCUGAAGGACUUCAGGAAGAGAUGGGAUAGACAAUCUCAAGCAUUUUACAACUUGUUUAGACAGGCUGAUAGAAUUGACAAGCUUGCUGAAAUUAUCCAAAGACUGGAGCAAGGUGAUCUAAAGCUCCGAGUUAGAACUUUGGAAUCUGAGAGGGCAUUCCAACGUGUUGCUGCAGUCCAGAAGACUAUAGGGAAUGCAGUGGCUGCUGGGAGCCUAAUCAAUCUUGCAACUGUUUUGUAUCUCAAUUCAAUUCGUAUGCCUGCCAUUGUAGCAUAUAUCUUCUGUGCAAUCUUUGCUUUUCAAGUGCUCUUUGGCAUUGUAAAGGUCAAGAAGCUAGAUGAACGGGAACGAUUGAUAACAGGAACUGCAUAAGCAGCUAGAUGUUUUUGACAAUAAGCAUGCACGUUGUAACCUUUUAGAGCUGACAAAUGUGACAUGAUGGCAUCACCCAAGUACUAUAGUAUUUAGUCCGUGGGGCUAGUCUUUUGCUAAUGUGAUCAAUCUCUUGUGUGUACUAUUCUGGUAUUUUUUUAAAAAGAACUACGAAAAAUAUGUAACUAGUUAUAGACAGUACUUUUUACCCAAUCCUCUAUCUUUCCUUUUUCUAUUAAAUUUUGGUAUCAUGAAAUUCUUUGACACUAUUGUUCUCUAUGCCAUGCUGGAGGGAAAUGAAAUGAUAUUAAUUUAGUGAAUGUUGGAUAUUGCUAAUAAUGAUAUAACAAAUGGUAAUUCUAAUGUAUAUCGCUUUUAAUUUUAUUCAAGGUUUUAGGAUUGUUGUUCCAUGCAUUGUAGUGUUUGUGUCAUAGCACAUUAGGGGGCUUUUGGUUUGUUGGCGUACUUUCUCUUUGGUAUCUAAGAAACCUUGUGUUCGAUAUGAUAAUUAACUUGGGUUCCUAGGUAUCAUACAAUUUCAUGUCCUAUGAUGAUUUCAUACAAAUAUCUGGUAUGCUAGCAUACCAGCUAGGGAUUAAUCUUAAAUGCUGCUAACAUGAAAGUACUGAUGUGUAGAGCUAAUUAUAUAUAACUGAGAUGCAAGAUACAGGAUACUUAAAGCUAUGGAUGGU